AUGAUCAUUUACAAGGAUAUCAUCACUGGUGACGAGAUCAUCUCCGACUCCUAUGACCUGAAGGAGGUCGAUGGGGCCGUCUACGAGGUCGACUGCGCCAUGAUCACCCUCGGCGCCGUCGAAGUCAACACGGGAGCCAACGCAUCUGCUGAGGAGGCCGAGGAGGGCGUCGAGGACGGUGCCGUCCAGGUCAACAACGUCGUCAACUCGUUUCGCCUGCAAUCCACUUCGUUCGACAAGAAGUCCUACCUGAGCCAUCUCAAGACCUACAUGAAGAAGGUCAAGGAUGCCUUGAAGGCGAAGAACGCCCCUGAGGAGACCAUCGCGGAAUUCGAGAAGGGCGCUCAAGCCUACGCCAAGAAGAUCGUCGCCAACUUCAAGGACUACGACUUCUACAUUGGCGAGUCGAUGGACCCGGAUGGAAUGGUCAUUCUCAUGAACUACCGUGAGGAUGGGUGCACUCCUUUCGUCACUGUGUGGAAGCACGGUUUGGUCGAGAUGAAGGUCUAA